CUAAGUGCAUUCCCAACAUAACUCGGCAGAGGCAGAAAUAUUGUGCGACUUAUUACCAACGCGAAAGAUAUUUGCUAAAUAUUGACUUUUUUUUGUUGGAGACGCCUUUGUACUCUGAGUGGCGGAUAAAGAAGGGGAAUGUAGUUCGUUCUGGAUUCUGGAUGUGUCCUCUCGCUCUUCGCUUGGAGCCAGAUGAAGUCUUGAUUCCCAAUCGGGCGGUAGGACCCAGUGGAGUCUGGCGGCUCUCCAUGCGGAAGCGCUGGCACCUGGUCGUGUAGCGAGUGUGCGGUUUCACUACGAUAUCAGGAGACUGGGAAACCUCCGGCACCGGACCAUUCGUCCCAAGUCCCCACUGGGGGUUGUCGCGGCGGCCGGGACUUUAAGUGUGUGUGUCUCUGUGGGUCUGAAGGUGAUGGAAACGGCCAGGUAGUGAGUGAGAUGGAAGCGGGAGCUGGCUGGAGCCGGGUACACUGAUCGGUCAGAGACCAGCCCUCAGUGCCAAUAAUGCAGCCGUAUCUCUACCUCCUCCUCUGGUUCACCGGCGUUCACAGCCUGGACAAGUUCCGAGGACCUUUGUUUGAAGUCACUUGUCCCCGUGGGGCUCUCUCAUGUGAAGCAGCAUCAGACUGUGGCUUUGACAACAUCAAUGAAGACCUACCAGACCUGCUGCUAACCAACUUAACAACCUCCACGAUACUAUACUGUGAGAAAAACACAUGUGUCCCGUGCAUACGUGUCCAAUUAACCGCAUCAUUGGAAGUAGUGGAGAAUAACUCGAGCCUGGAUGAAAUUGGAAGUGGAUCUGAAGAAAGUAUCGAUGAAGACUACUAUGAAGGAUGGAUAGAAAUCUCAACGUCUCAGCCGGAUGGUGGGAUAAAAUUUUGUGCUGAGGUGAAGAUACAGUUCACAUUAUCAAGGUCCAGGCCAAUGGCUACAGUGGAGUUGAGUUGCUUUCGAGCAGCCAUGAGCAGUGAGAUUCGAGUAAAAGCUUCGACAAACUCUGGCGUUUUGCAGAGCACACAUAAAAUGGAAGAUUGUACCUUGAAAGAUUUUCUGGAGAACAUUGAAUGGUGCAAAGUCCCAAAAAUAAAUAUCACGUUGGAAAAAGAGCUGCAAAUGGCUGUUGUCAAGAUACCACAGAAUUACUGCAUGAUGUUCAAGCAUGAAGUGAUGCCAGCCUUUGAGAGCCAAAACCAACUGGAUGGUGACAAAUUGGAAAUGACCACGGUGUAUCGCAACUUCUCAGACAUCGUCCCGUGUUUGUGUAUAGAGGUGUGGUCUGCAACUAUAGAAGAUGCCAGAAGAAGUAAACAGUGCCCCUUUUCAGACGCAGCAGAAUUUCAAGGAAAUGUUUGGAGGCUGAGCAGAUUGGCCGUGGAGUACAAGGGGAAAGCACUUCAGUGGACACUUUCCUCCCCGUGCAACAUGUCGGGGGAGAUCAUGCUGUGCUCCAAGUCAGGAGAUGGUGAAUUUUGUCAUGAAAUCCCUCACUCCAGGCGGAACUUUCAAGUCAAUAAACUGAGCGAGUUCAAAAGUGUGGAUCCGCACCCCUCCCUCUGUGUAAAGAUUAUCUCUGGGGAGCAUGUCAAUCUUAGUUGUCCUUUUGAUGGUGAUGUCUCAUCCCUGUGGAAUGUGGAGUCAAAAUUGAAGAGGAGCAAUGUUGUUAUGACAAUACAUCAUGCAAUAAAUCAUAUGUUCUCGAUCUGCAUUAUGGAAGGAAACAAAUGUGAGCAUUUCCUGCAGAAAAUAAAACAGGUUAGCCAGCACAUGAAGCAAAUUGAUCUAAUUUCACAGGAUUGCCUUCAGAUCUGGCGAUCCGAUGUGAAAUUCUCACCCCGGAUCACUGUGUGCCCCUUUGAGAUGUAUGCCAGAGCACGAUGGACUCUAUUAAUGGUAUUAUCUCUAAUACCGGUUGUAGCUGUGAUCGCCAUUCUUAUGGUCAAAAAAGAGAUUCUAAAAGGUUGCACAGAAGUGAUUAAGUGGGAUUAUAAUACAACACCUACAGGCUCGCCUAGGAAGAUCCUUCUUCUGUACUCAGUGGAUCACAGCCAGUUUGAAAACCUGGUUAGUACUUUCGCAACUCUGCUGGCCGAUCUAAACAUCAAAGUAAUUGUGGAUCUCUGGAAACGUAAAGAAAUCGGCAUCCAAGGCACCCUGCCAUGGUUUCAUUCCCAAAAAGCUGAAAUUGUAGAAGAAGGUGGAAAAAUCAUCAUCCUUUUUUCCAAGGGGGCCAGUAUAAAAUGUAACGCAUGGCUAAAUUCCAGUGGAGAUUCUGAAACACUAUCUGAUCCCUAUGAUGGAUUCAUGGCCGCCUUGAACUGUGCCCUUCCUGAUGUCACAAAGGGGAAUGUUUCUGGAAACUACAUAGUAGCAUACUUUGAAGAUCUGUUGAACAAGGCGUACAUACCAGAAAUAUUUAGGAAAGUGCCCAUCUACAGUUUGCCAUCGCAAGUUCCCGAGUUCCUCCAAGAGAUUGGGUUACCAGCCAAAUGCGUUUCUGACCAGAAAAAACAUGGCUGCCCAUCAAACAUCAGCAAACGCCUCAGAAAUGGCAUCAAGCAGUGCCAGAUAUGGGAAGAAAGUCAGUCAACUGGAUUCCGUGAACUUAAGAAGUUCGAGAACAUAUCCAAAGAGCAACAUGAAAGAGUUGCAUUGAUACGUUUACCGGUGACGAAAAUUAAAAAUCUUUCAAUAGUUUGAUGAUCCCUUCAUGAUUAAUCUUUGACACGCUGUCCUAUCUAUCACUGUCACUUAGAGCUUUGGUUAAAAUCUAGGUCAUGGCCAGGAUUGAAAGAUUGUGACAAAGGGAAAUAGUUGUAGCAGAUAUCAUAUCAGAACAAGAACCUCACGUUUAUUCUGUUGAUGGCACUCCAGUGACUUUGAAAUGGAUUACCUUUCUUUUGGUAAGGUUAUGCAGCGGGUAUGUUUUAAACAUGUUCUUGAUAAACACUCUGGAGCAACAAUCGAUUUAAAAAGUCAUAAUCAAAAACUUAAAAUGGACACAAAUGCUGGAGUAAUUCAACGGGUCAGGCAGCAUCUCUGAAGAAAAUGGAUAGGUGAUGUUUCGGGUUGGGAACCUUCUUCACACUUAAUCAAAAACCUGACUGCGAUGCAAUAUUAAAAAUGUUUUGACACUUUAAUGAAGGGACUAAAAAAACUGAAAGUAUUGAUAUUCUUGAUAAAUGAAGAUUUAUUGUUUGUCUGUCUACUAGGUUUUUGAAAUUAAGUAAUCUGUAAAUACACUAAUGAAAAACUGCUCUCAAAAUCUCAGGGUGUUCAAUCCAGCAUUACUGAAAAAGACCUCAGGAAAACUUUACUUGCAGCCAAAAUUCUUCUAAUAUCUUUUGCAGGAGAAUCGGUACCAAACCCUAGUACCUGGUUGUUUUGUGACCAGCGUCUUUUAUGUGUAUAUAUCAGUGUAAAUAUAUAAAAAUAUUUUGUAUGCAGUAUAAUUAUUUUGUUAGCUCUUAGAUGUCAUUACAAACCAGUCACAGGGACAGGAGAUGUUGGAAAUGGGCAAAUCAUAUUUGGCUUCAGUUUAUCUUUCUUUUGGCUGAUAAUGAUCCACUUUUUCCAGAAAACCAACUAUUGUUCGAGAUUUAUGGAACCCAAUUAAGCUAAAAUGUGCUUUGUUCACAUUUGUUCAACAUUUUUUGUUCAAGGAUAUUCCACUGAUUUUCCUGAACUGCUAUUGUCUCCUCCACCCCUCUCCUGACUUCCUGCAGCCUUCCACUUGACCAUUGAGAACUGUUGUGCGACAUCAGAAGAACAUGAAAAAGGAUGGUUAAAAACAGUAAGUGCUGGAGGAACUCAGCGAAUCAGGCAGCAACUGCGGAGGGAAUGGUCAGGUGGCAUUUUGGGUCGGGACCCUUUCUUCAGAUUGUUAGGAGUUGCGGGGGAGAAAGUUGGAAAAGAGGUUGUGGCGAGACAAAACUUGGCAAAGAAUGGGUGAGGGGAAUGUGAUCGGUAAACAGUAAGUGGCAAAGCUUAGAAGUGAAAAGGAGACAAAAGAAUAUCAGAUAGGGGGCAGAGAAGGAGCAAAAUGUAACGUCGGAAGAAGGAAUUUGGGUGCAACAGGAUAUGAAUGUACAUAGAAGGGUAAAUGAGCAGCGUGACUGCCAGGGUGACGGCUUCGGCAAAGAAAUGGAAGAGCACCAGAGUGGGGAAGAAAGGCACGGUGAAGAAAGAGUGGAUAUUACUUGAAGUUAGAGAAUGCAAUGUUCAUACUGUUGGUUUGUAACCCACCCAAGUGGAAUAUGAGGUGCUGUUCCUCCAGUUUGCACUUGGCCACACUCUGGUAAUGGAGGA